GCAGUGGGGAGGCAGCGCUGGAUGGGCGCUGACGGGCGGGGGUGCGCCCGCGAGUGCCCCGGCGUGUUCGCUUAGUUCAGUGAAUCAGAACAAUGACUGCGCCGCCGGGUCCCCGAGAGCGCGUCGCAGGGCUGUGAGCAGCCGCGGCCGGCAGAGCAGCGGGCGGCUCCGUCUCGUCCGUGUAGUGUCAGUGUCCGCUCGGGAGCCCCGGGAGAAGCCCCUGCCCAGCGCCGCAGCCCGCGCGAUCUGCUGUGCUCCAGCGCCGCAGCUGCUCUUCGGGAGCCGUGCAUUGUUGUGAGCCACUGGAGGGGCGCGGGGAUUGCAUAGCCCGGAGCCCCUCAGCGCCCUUUAUAGCCAUGUGGAUACCUACGGAGCACGAGAAAUACGGCGUGGUUAUUGCCAGUUUUCGAGGCACCGUCCCAUAUGGCCUGUCAUUGGAAAUUGGAGAUACUGUUCAGAUCCUGGAGAAGUGCGAUGGCUGGUACAGAGGAUUUGCCUUAAAAAACCCCAAUAUCAAGGGUAUAUUUCCUUCCAGCUAUGUUCACUUGAAAAAUGCCUGUGUAAAGAACAAAGGACAAUUUGAGAUGGUUAUUCCCACUGAAGAUUCUGUUAUCACAGAGAUGACAUCAACAUUAAGAGACUGGGGAAGCAUGUGGAAACAACUCUAUGUCAGAAAUGAAGGGGAUCUCUUCCACCGCCUGUGGCACAUCAUGAAUGAAAUCCUCGAUCUGCGGCGGCAGGUGCUAGUCGGCCACCUCACCCACGACAGGAUGAAGGAUGUGAAGCGUCAUAUUACUGCGCGGCUGGAUUGGGGAAAUGAACAACUGGGACUCGACCUGGUGCCUAGGAAGGAGUACGCAAUGGUAGACCCAGAGGACAUCAGCAUCACUGAGCUGUACCGACUGAUGGAACAUCGACAUCGGAAGAAGGACACUCCUGUGCAGGCCAGCAGUCACCAUCUCUUUGUCCAGAUGAAGAGCCUCAUGUGUUCCAACCUGGGAGAGGAGCUGGAGGUCAUCUUCUCGCUCUUCGACAGUAAAGAGAAUCGCCCAAUCAGUGAGAGAUUUUUCUUGAGACUGAAUAGGAAUGGGCUUCCCAAAGCCCCGGAUAAGCCCGAAAGACACUGUUCUCUCUUUGUGGACUUGGGCAGCAGUGAACUCAGGAAGGACAUCUAUAUUACCGUGCACAUUAUCCGAAUUGGACGAAUGGGAGCAGGAGAAAAAAAGAACGCCUGCAGUGUUCAAUAUCGGCGACCGUUUGGCUGUGCGGUUCUUAGCAUUGCAGACCUUCUCACAGGAGAGACGAAGGAUGACCUUGUCCUGAAAGUGUACAUGUGUAAUACAGAGAGUGAGUGGUACCAGAUCCACGAGAACAUCAUCAAAAAGCUGAAUGCACGCUACAAUUUGACUGGCUCCAAUGCAGGAUUAGCAGUUUCCCUCCAGCUGUUACACGGAGACAUUGAACAGAUCAGAAGAGAAUACUCCUCGGUGUUCUCUCACGGAGUAUCCAUAACUCGGAAGCUGGGUUUUUCUGACAUUAUAAUGCCUGGUGAAAUGAGGAAUGAUUUAUAUAUCACCGUAGAAAGGGGAGAGUUUGAGAAAGGCGGCAAGAGUGUGGCCAGAAAUGUGGAAGUCACAAUGUUCAUAGUAGACAGUAAUGGUCAGCCCUUAAAGGAUUUUAUCUCCUUUGGUUCUGGAGAGCCACUGGCUAGUGAGUACCACUCCUUUGUGCUUUAUCACAACAACAGUCCCAGGUGGUCGGAGCUGCUGAAACUUCCCAUUCCUGUGGAUAAAUUCAGGGGCUCCCACAUCCGCUUUGAGUUCCGGCAUUGUUCCACAAAGGAGAAAGGAGAGAAGAAGUUGUUCGGUUUCUCUUUCGUACCCUUGAUGCAAGAGGAUGGAAGGACUCUCCCAGAUGGCACACACGAGCUCAUCGUGCAUAAGUGUGAAGAAAACACAAACCUUCAGGAUACUACCCGCUACCUCAAGUUUCCAUUUUCCAAGGUCAUCUUCCUUGGGAACAAUAAUCAAACCAUGAAGGCCACAAAGGAAUCCUUUUGGAUAACAUCAUUUCUGUGUUCCACAAAACUCACUCAGAAUGGUGAUAUGCUUGAUCUUUUGAAAUGGAGAACCCACCCAGACAAGAUCACAGGCUGUCUCUCUAAGUUAAAAGAAAUCGAUGGCUCAGAGAUAGUAAAGUUUCUCCAAGACACACUGGAUACCUUGUUUGGAAUAUUAGAUGAAAAUUCCCAAAAAUAUGGGUCUAAAGUAUUUGAUUCUUUGGUCCACAUAAUAAAUUUGCUACAAGAUAGCAAGUUCCAUCAUUUUAAGCCUGUCAUGGACACUUACAUUGAGAGUCACUUUGCUGGGGCACUUGCAUACAGAGAUCUCAUCAAAGUGCUCAAGUGGUACGUGGACAGGAUAACGGAAGCAGAGCGCCAGGAGCAUAUCCAGGAAGUGUUGAAGGCACAAGAAUACAUUUUUAAGUAUAUAGUUCAAUCCCGAAGGCUGUUUUCCCUGGCCACUGGAGGGCAGAAUGAAGAGGAAUUCCGCUGCUGCAUCCAGGAGCUCCUCAUGUCUGUCCGCUUCUUCCUCUCACAAGAGAGCAAAGGGACUGGAGCGUUAUCUCAGUCACAGGCUGUGUUCCUGAGCUCCUUCCCAGCUGUGUAUUCAGAACUGUUGAAGCUCUUUGAUGUCCGGGAAGUGGCCAACUUGGUACAGGACACCCUGGGCAGCCUGCCGACCAUCAUGCAUGUGGACGAUUCCCUGCAGGCGAUCAAGCUUCAGUGCAUUGGCAAAACUGUAGAGAGCCAGCUCUACACCAACCCAGACUCAAGGUACAUUCUCCUGCCUGUCGUACUGCAUCACCUCCACAUUCACUUGCAAGAACAGAAGGACUUGAUCAUGUGUGCACGUAUCCUUAGCAACGUAUUCUGUCUCAUCAAGAAAAAUAGCUCAGAAAAGUCUGUACUGGAGGAAAUAGACGUGAUCGUGGCCAGCUUGCUGGAUAUCCUGCUCAGGACCAUACUGGAGAUCACCAGUCGGCCUCAAGCAUCCAGCUCCGCCAUGAGGCUGCAGUUCCAGGAUGUCACUGGGGAAUUUGUUGCCUGUCUCCUUUCCCUAUUACGACAAAUGACAGAUAGACAUUAUCAGCAACUUCUGAAUAGUUUCAAUACUAAAGAGGAGCUGAGGGAUUUCUUGCUGCAGAUUUUUACCGUGUUCCGAAUAUUGAUACGCCCAGAGAUGUUUCCCAAGGACUGGACUGUCAUGCGCCUGGUUGCUAACAAUGUUAUCAUUACAACCGUUCUGUACCUCUCCGAUGCUCUCCGUAAGAACUUCUUAAAUGAAAACUUUGAUUAUAAGAUCUGGGAUUCCUACUUUUACCUCGCUGUCAUUUUUAUAAACCAGUUGUGUCUGCAGCUGGAGAUGUUCACACCUUCCAAAAAGAAAAAGGUGCUAGAAAAGUAUGGUGAUAUGCGGGUCACCAUGGGUUGUGAAAUUUUCAGCAUGUGGCAAAACCUAGGAGAACACAAACUUCAUUUCAUCCCGGCCCUGAUUGGGCCCUUUCUGGAAGUGACCUUGAUACCCCAGCCAGAUCUCCGGAACGUCAUGAUUCCUAUUUUUCACGAUAUGAUGGAUUGGGAGCAAAGGAGAAGUGGCAACUUUAAGCAGGUGGAAGCCAAGCUAAUUGACAAAUUGGAUAGCCUGAUGUCAGAGGGCAAAGGUGAUGAAACAUACCGUGAGCUCUUCAACAGUAUAAUUCCACUAUUUGGUCCCUACCCUAGUCUACUAAAGAAAAUUGAGCGGGAAACAUGGAGGGAAAGUGGCGUUUCAUUAAUUGCCACUGUCACUCGGCUGAUGGAGAGGUUGUUAGACUACAGGGACUGCAUGAAAAUAGGAGAAGUGGAUGGCAAGAAGAUUGGCUGCACAGUGAGCCUGCUGAACUUCUAUAAGACGGAGCUGAACAAGGAGGAGAUGUACAUCCGCUACAUCCACAAACUCUAUGAUCUGCAUCUCAAGGCGCAGAACUUCACAGAUUUUCAAGAGUUUGUAAAAAGAGUAUUUACUACGUUUACUAAGAUACCGGCUUUGAUGACUCUCCACCCGUGAAGUUCUCGGUGACCCUGCAUUUUUAUUUAGCCUGAAGCAUCGUGCUGCUUUUAAGAGAUCAGAUUGUGAAGUCCUCUCCGUGUAAGGAUAUCUUUAGUGCCCUUUGUGCUAGUCAGCUUUCUGCUAUUGAAACAUAGCAUCUAUGUUAAUCAACUCAGGAAGAAGAAAGGUUUGUCUUGGUUCAGGGAUUUGUAGGUUUGGGUCCAUUGUCAGUUGGCUCUGUUGCUUCUGGACUUGUAGCAAAGUAGCUUAUAAUGGCGGGGAGGGUACAUGGCCAAGCAUAGCUGCUCGUGGUGUGGCUAUGACACAAGAGAAAGAAAAAAAGGAGCCUCAUAAUCACUUCAUGCGUGACACUGAUAACAUAAACCAUCCCACCAAGCCCCACCUCUUCCAGUUUCCGGCCAUCUCUCCAUAAUGCUGACGUAAGGACCAAGCUGCUUCUCUUAAGAUUUUUUUUAUGCAUAUGUUUAUGUGUAAGUGAAAGCCAUACUCAUUCAGGAACCCUCCAAAGAAUGAAGAGGGUGUUAGAUCCCUGGAAGCUGGAAUUACAAGUGGUUGUGAUCCACCUGAUUUCAGUACUGGGAACGGGAGUCAGGUCUACUGGAAGAACAAGUACUCUUAACUCCUGAGCUGUCUCUCAAACCCAGGACCAAGCUUUAAUACAUGGGGCUUUGAUGGACAUUCCUGAAUCCAACAUACCAUGCCAUCAUCCCUGAAGGACAUGUUUGCAGGAAGGACAUGUAGGAAUUCUAAGUGAAUGUCUCCUGGCUCAUUGCUUGUGGUGAGGAAUAUAUACUCUUUUAAUGACUGUACAAUGUUUUCUGGUUGCUUUUGAGAGUUUGUAUUUGGUCCUCCAGUGGUUUAAUGAUGACAUACGUAGACGUAGUUUUCUUAAAAAAUAAUGUGUUUGGUUUUGCCUAACUCUUCGGAUCUAGAAAUCUAUUCCCUUAAUCAAACCUGAAAACGUUUUAGGAAUUAUCUUAUCAAAAUAUAUUUUACAUAUCAAUCCUUUCUUUCAGGACUGCCAUGAAAUGAGUAUUUGGCCUCUGGUCAUUGUCCCCUAUGUCCUGGGACUCUGUCAUUUCUCCCCCAACUUUAUUUACUUCUGUCCACAGUUUAGGGCUUUGCUUUAUGUCAUGCCCCCUGAUGCUUUCCGUCGUCUUCACUCAGCUGGCUUGAACUGGGUCUUUCCAGUGAAAGGUUUAUUUUGUUACUAUUCCAUUCUAAAAAUUUCGUGUUGUUUUCUUCUCGUAGCUUCAGUUUCUAUACAAAGAACUCAUCUUUUCAGUUGUCCAGGAGUCUUCACAUUCACUACGUGUAGCAUUGUUUCAAUAGCUGCUUCAUAGUCUAAGAUUCCAAGCUGUGAGUCAGCUUGUGGCUGGCAUCUGUUAAUUGCUUUUUCCCUUGGAGAGUUAUUUAGUUCUGUGGUUUCUUGAAUGCCAAGUUAUUUUAGAUUACAUCCUGGACCUUUUGAACAUUAUGUUACGAGAUUCAGCAUUCUGUCAAAAUUGUUAUUUUUAAUUUUGGCAAUCAGUCCAAUUAGGUUUAAACCUCAGGCCCUGUGCCACCAUCUAGAGAUUGUGAUUCUAAUGUCUGAUUUUUAAGGCCUCGGCACUCCACUCCAGUUGUCUGCAUGUGUACCACCCUACGUGGGUCUCCAGUCUUUGGUUAUGGUCUGCACUGUUGUGUUACUUAUGUCAGCGAUGGCCUGUUCUACAGACAUACCCCUUGGAGUCCCCCCAAAGCCACGUACAAAAUAAACAAGUCUUUCUUGAGCUCCUUUUUCUCUUUGAUUCCCCGUUCCAGUUCCAGUUCUUAGUGUUCUGGCUGUGGAGCUCAGGUUGGAAGAUGAGGAGGAAGCCAGAGAGUGUAAGAGUUCUGUGUCACUGCAAGCCCUUUCCCAGCUCUGUAGGAGAAAAGGUCUUCAGAGAGCUGCGUUUGUCUGAUCCCAUUUGCAGACAGUCUGAGAAAGGAGACAUAAAAAGAAGAAAAUAAAAUUAAAAAACCAAACACAUUGUGAUCAUCUUCAGAGGUGGCUUUUCCUAGUUGCUCUGUUUAUUACUAAUUACUUUUCAAGAUCUUCUAAGCACCUCAUGUAUUCUGUUGAAGUGCUUUCUUCCUUCCUUCCUUCCUCCCUUCCUUCCUCCCUUCCUUCCUUCCUUCCUCCCUUCCUUCCUCCCUUCCUCCCUUCCUUCCUCCCUUCCUUCCUCCCUUCCUUCCUCCCUUCCUCCCUUCCUCCCUUCCUUCCUCCCUUCCUUCCUUCCUCCCUUCCUUCCUCCCUUCCUUCCUCCCUUCCUCCCUUCCUCCCUUCCUUCCUCCCUUCCUUCCUUCCUUCUUUCCUUCCUUCCUCCCUUCCUUCUUCCCUUCCUUCCUUCCUCCCUUCCUUCCUUCCUUCCUUCCUUCCUUCCUCCCUUCCUCCCUCCCUUCCUUCCUCCCUUCUUUCCUCCCUCCCUCCCUCCCUUCCUUCCUCCCUCCCUCCCUCCCUCCCUCCCUCCCUCCCUCCCUUCCUUCCUUCCUUGGGAGAGUAGAGUCGGAAGGUGCUUGCUCCACCUUAAGCAGAAUCCUUUCCACAAGUUUGAGAAUGACAAGUUGAGAGCUUUGCCCCACUGUUCUUUCAGGGAAUUCUUUAACUGUGUGUGGCCUUUACACAAGUCUCUAAGUGAAUAAAGAAAUCCUUUCAAUAUCGUUUCUGGAAUUUUAACAUGCCUCUAAGGCCUCUAGCUGGUCUCACUAUCUCUGUAGCAUUUAUUUAUAGUCUGGAGACCUGCAUGCUAUCUGGGACGCUUUAACCUCCCUCAACUUGAAUACUGAGGUCUAUGGAUUCUUUCUCCUUGAGGUAGUUCCUGUCCUGGGAUUCUUUUCCUUCACGCUCCCUUACCAACUCCAUACCUACCAUCCCUUACUGAAAUGAUUUUGCUCUCUCUUUUCAAAAAAGAGUGUGUGUGUUGAGGGGGUGAGUGUUUGAGGAAGCCAGAAGAGGUAUUGGAUUCUCUGAAGCUGGAGUCACAGGCAAUUGUGAACUGCCUUAUAUUUGUGUUGGAACCUAAUUAGGGAGCAGCUUUGGAAGAGCACAAGCUUAACCACCAAGCCAGCCAUCUUUCCUACCCCAUAUUCUCUAUUUUAAUGCACUUAUCAUGUUGUUUUUUAUUAGUUAUAUUUUACAUAUUAUUAUAUAACAAACAUACAUGCAUACACAUACACAAAUGAUUUUGUGCAUGUGUGGAGACAGACAAGUAAUUCCCAGUUAAGGGUGAGUUCUUUGUUUCUCCUUCUUAGUCUUCUCAGCUCCUACAAGAGAGCCUAGGAAUAUGAGACCUAAAUAAAUACAUCCCUACUCAAUUAAAUUUUAACACCUGGUACGAAGAUUUCCCUUCAGUGCCGAUGAUGCCUGAAUCAUGAGGGAACAGUGCAGUGCAGUAGACUGUUUUACUUUUAAAAUUGAUAAAAAUAAGAAUUAAGAAAAGAAGCUAACGGCAGGUAGUCCACAUCUGCACAGUUGUGUUUCGCUUUUUCCAGAAAGUCCAGAUUUGUCUGAGAUAUCAGAGAACGGUGCUUUUUCUUUAUUUACUCAAAGUUCCAUGUUCCCCAGAUCACAAUUAAUGUGUGCUUCUCCCAUAUAGCCUCUUACUUUAUUUGUUUAUUGCACCUGUGCAUGGUGUAUUUAUAUGAGCAAGCACGCUAUGCAGGUAUGGAGGUCACCAGAACAUUCUAGAAAUCAACUCUCUCCUCCACCUUUCCGAGGUUGCAAGAAUCAAACCCAGGUCAACAGGUCUGCCCCUCAAGCAUCUUUACCUCCGAGUCAUCUCAUUGAUCCUCACAGUUUUUUCUCUCUUCUGUCCUCAUUUUUGUAUGUGUCCUUGAAGACAGUGAGACUGCAGGGAGAGCUUUCCCUUCUGUUUAAAUGAUUGAACCUCCCUGCAGCCUUCUGUGCGGUUGCCUUGUGCUCCCAAUUCAUCUCCAUUCUUCUGUGCGAUUUCUCUUUGUAUAUUGCUUUCCUCUCUGUAUGCUUGUUGAAAUAAUGGAAUGGCCUGGAGUCAGCCGUGCCGUGGUACUUUGUUUAGGAUUUUCAACUCUUUGUCCCUUGGAAUCCACCCCUCUUCCGUCCAUAUCAGUUCCCAAAGAGCAGAAAGGCGAGCCUGGAACAGCACGCUGAAACACUUACUGAAAAAAAAAUGUUAUUGAAAGCCAGCUUUGUAGGGUAUCGUGUGGGUGCGACACCUGCAAGGUGUGCAUGAUUUUCCUUCCCCAGCACAGCCCACAGUGCCCUCCGCAUGCACUCAUCCCUCAGCUGUGUAUCAGCACCUUCCCGGGAAGGCAGACUGUAAGCAGCUGUGAUUUGUCCUGCCACUUCUCUCUGACACCAGCAGUCAUUUCUCAGCUUCCUCUGGCCACCUGCUGGCAUCUCGGCUUUCUCAGACUCACCCAUCCCUGCCCUUCUAAGGAUGAUCGUGCCUGGGAAAGUAGUAGAGAAGUUAGAAAUGUUUUAUCUUAUUUUGGGAAUUAUGUCAUGUGUCCUUUUCUGUCAUAAUCAUUGAUAAGUGUGCAGUUUAUGCCAUCACCAUUGACCUAGAACUUUUCUCAGCGUGACCAACUGAAACACUUUCCUAUUAAACACUAAUCCUCCUUCCUUCCUUCUCUCUUUCUAUGAACUGAUGGGUCGGGGCCCUUUGCGUCCUUUCAUGAGCACACACACCUCUGGUUUUUUUGUUUGCUUGUUUGUUUGUUUGUUUGUUUGUUUGUUUGUUUGGAGCUGAGGACCGAACCCAGGGCCUUGAGCUUGCUAGGCAAGCACUCUACCACUGAGCUAAAUCCCCAACCCCACCUCUGUUCUCUUAAUCCUGAGACUAGCUCAGUUAUUCUCUGAGGAACUUUCAAGCGCUGCAGUGCUGGGAGGGGAGCAAGGGAAGGGACCCCACAAGUGGGAAGUGGAAUGGUAGGAUUGUUCAGGCUUGAAGGAACAGACCGUACGAGCAGUUGGUAUAUUCCCACCUGGUCUGAGAUGGGAACACAGUUGGCUAGACAGUUCUUCCAAGUACAGCACAGUCCCCAAAAUGUGCGCACUCAGCCUCCUGCACUGCAGACUCCGGAUGGCAGCCUCUAUGAUUUCAACUAUUUCCAUUUCCACCCAUUUUCACCCUUAGUGAAAACUGCCCAUAUUUAAUCCCCACAAGAAGGUGGCUAACAGGUACCCAGGCAAGUACCCUGAGGACAGUUUUCACACCUGGAUCUUUCUGGACCACAAUACAUCUCACUCCGUGUUUCAGAAGCUGAGGUUGGAGUUCCUGGGGUUCAAUUCUGAAGGCUGGAAGCUGUGCAGCUACUGAGGCUUCUUAAAUUCACAAAUGACUGGGUCCUUUUUCACCCCUUUCUAAAUCCCGGCUACAUUUUGAAUCACCCUCCUGUGCUCCAUAUUCAAAUUCCCAGCCCUUUAUCAUUCAAGGAAAGAAAAUUAAAUUCCUUAGUUUCUCUUGCUGUAAUGACCAAAAGGAAGUUGAUGAAGAAAGAAUUUCUCUCUUAUGUGAUAGUCCAUCAUCAACGGAAGCUGGGGCAGAAACUGAAGUAGGCUGAAACUGAAGCAGAAGCCAUGGAGAGGUGUGGCUCACUGGCUUGAUCCUGUGGCUUGCUCAGUAUGCUUAUUUAUACUAACCCGACCACCAUCCAGGGGUAGCACUGCCCACAGUGAAUUGGGCCCUCUGGUAUUAAACUAUCAAUCAAGAAAAUAACCACAAAGACUUCCCCACACGCCAGUCUAAUGGGAGCAUUUUCUGAGUUGGGGUUUCCUCUUCCAAAAUAAGUGGAGCUAGUAUCAAGCUGACAUAAAACUGACCAGCACAACCAGUCAGCCAGUCAGUCAGUCAGUCAGUCAGUCAGUCAGUCAGUCAGUCAGUCAGUUAAAUAGUUAGCUAGCUCGCUUUCAUUGGAAAGUCUCCUGGUUUCUAAGAGACAUACUUAUGGAUUGUCCCUGUAAAUGAUGUCAUGUCUGUCCUAUAUCUUUAAACUGGCUAUAUAACAAGACUUUUUAAAAAUUUUUUUUUAUUGGAUUUUUUUUAUUUACAUUUUAAAUGUUAUCCCCUUUCCCAGUUUCCCCUCUAGAAACCAGCUAUCCCAUCCCCCCUUUCCCUGCUUCUAUGAGGGUACUCCCUCACCUACCCAUCCACCCCCUCCCACGACAUUCCCCUACACUGGGGCGUCAAGGGCCUCUCCUCCCAUCGAUGCCCAACAAGGUCAUCCUCUGCUACAUAUGUGGCUGGAGCCAUAUGUCUAUCCCUGUGUAAUCUUAGGAUGGUGGUUUUGUCCCUGGGAACUCUGGGGGGUCUGGUUGACUAAUAUUGUUGUUCUUCUUAUGGGGUUGCAAACCCCUGCAGCUCCUUCAGUCCUUUCUCUAACUCCUCCAUUGGGGACCCCAUGCUCAAUCCAAUGGUUGGCUACGAGCAUCUGCCUCUGUACUUGUCAUGCUCUGGCAAAGCCUCUCAGGGUACAACUAUAUCAGGCUCCUGUAACCAUGCACUUCUUGGUAUCUGCAAUAUUGUCUGGGUUUGGUGACUGUAUAUGGGAUGGAUUCCCCCAGGUAGGGCAGUCUCUGGAUGGCCUUUCCUUCAGUCUCUGUUCCAUACUUUGUCUCCAUAUUUUCUCCUACGAGUAUUUUGUUCCGCCUUCUAAGAAGGUCUGAAGCAUCCACACUUUGGUUUUCCUUCUUCUUGAACUUCAUGUUUGAGAAUUAUAUCUUGGGUAUUCCAAACUUUUGGGCUAAUAUCCGCUUAUCAGUGAGUGCAUACCAUGUGUGCUUUUUGUGAUUGGGUUUCCUAACUUGACUUUCUUGAACAGGUUAAUUAUGCCCCAAGCAUGUGAAUGCUGAUGCAAGGACA